AUGUGGGCGCUGCGGGCGCUGUGCCUGGCCGGGCUGGGGGCGGCCAUCGGCGGCGGAGCGGCAGAUCAGUGCAGCUGGAGGGGCAGCGGGCUGUCACAGGAGGCUGGCAGCGUGGAGCAGCUGUCCCUGCACUGUGCCGAGGGCUCGCUGGAAUGGCUGUACCCCACCGGAGCCCUUCGCCUCCGCCUGGCCCCCCGCCUGCCCCCCACCAGCGCCGCCGUCAAGGGCGGGAGCCCCCCGCAUGUCACUGCCUGCAUCAAACCCACCGGGACCUUCCGGGGGGCUCAGCUCUACCUGGAGAGGGAGGGGGUGCUGGAGCUACUGCUGCCAGAAGCCCCCCGGCCCCGCGCCCGCUGCUUCAGCUGGCUGCCCCAGGAGAAGGUGGCUCUGUUCCUGCAGGCCACCCCGCACCCCGACAUCAGCCGCCGCAUCGCCGCCUUCCGCUACGAGCUGCGGGGGGACUGGCUGGCCCGCCCGGCGCUGCCCGCAGCCAGCCUCAGCGCUGAAGGUGCGUGCCGGCCGUGCAAUGACACCGAGAUACUGAUGGCCAUUUGCACUAGUGACUUUGUGAUCCGCGGCAGCAUCCGGAGCGUCUCCAACGAUGCAGAGCUGCAGGAAUCCAUCAUUGGGGUGAGCGCCACCCGCAUCCACCGCCAGAAAUUCCCGCUUUUCCAGGCGGGUGGGCGGCUGGGGCGGCCGGUGGGCAGCAUCCGCACCCCACUGCGUUGUGGCGUCAAGCCAGGCCCCGGCACCUUCCUGUUCACGGGGUGGCUGCACUUUGGGGAGGCCUGGCUGAGCUGCGCUCCCCGGUACCGUGACUUCCAGCGCAUCUAUGCAGGGGCCCAGCGCAUGCGCCAGAACCCCUGUGAGUUCCCUGUGGACUGA